AUGCCGCUCGAGAAAUUCGACGGUCUCGAACUUCCUGCUUCGGCAGACUUUCAUGUACAUCUUCGAGAUGGAGACAUGAUGAAGACGGUGGUUCCUACUAUCAGACAAGGAGGUGUCAAUACCGUCUACGUAAUGCCAAAUCUCGUUCCCCCUCUCACCUCUGCUCAUGAAGCACUGGCGUAUAAAGCUCGUCUGAGGGAAAUUGAUCCGAGUAUCAAUUAUCUCAUGACUCUUUAUUUGCACGAGAGUAUCACACCUGCUGUCAUCAAAGGAGCAAAAGCACAGGGAAUUAUCGGUGUGAAAUCAUACCCCGCAGGCGUAACAACAAACUCCUCCUCAGGCGUUCUCUCCUACGAACCCUUCUACCCCGUCUUCACCGCCAUGGAAACCAGCGGCAUGGUCCUCAACCUACACGGCGAAUGUCCGUCCGACCACACCAAAAACAUCACCAUCCUCAACGCCGAAUCCAACUUCCUCCCGACCCUCAAAUCCCUCCACGCAAAAUUCCCGAAACUAAAAAUCGUCCUCGAACACUGCACCACCGCCGACGCCAUCGCCGCCGUCAACGCCUGCGGCCCCACGGUCGUAGGCACAAUCACCGCACACCACCUCUUCCUCACCGUAGACGACUGGGCCGACGAUCCAUUUUCAUUCUGCAAACCCGUCGCCAAAUGGCCCAGCGAUCGUGCGGCCCUCCUCACCGCAGCCGUCACCUCAAAGGGAAAGUUCUUCCUAGGCUCCGACUCCGCGCCUCACCCCGUGUCCUCGAAAAAGGGCGGCCUGGGUAAGACGGCCGCGGGGGUGUUUACGCAGCCAAAUGUCACGUCCCUUGUUCUUGACGCGUUUGAGCUGGCUAUUGAAAGGGGGUUGAUCAGGGAGGAGGAUGUCACGAAGGAGUUGCUGGAGGGGUUCUUGGGGGGGUAUGGACGGAGGUUUUAUGGGGUUAGGGAUGGGACGGGGGAGGGGAUUGUCUUGAGGAGGGGGGCGGCAAAGAUUGUGGAGAUGGUUAGGGGGGAGGGGGGCGUGGAGGUUGUGCCGUUUAGGAGGGGGGAGGGGACGUGGGGUGUGGUGUGGAAGUAG